UGCUGCCGCGCGCACUUGCUUCGUUGCCUCGACCGUACGUCCCCUUCCUCCCACAUUUCAAAAUCACAUUGCACUUCGGAUGUGACCUUUUUUUAUUCAUCCCACGCUUCCCUCACGAUGGCCUCUUUCGCCAAGAACAGCGACAACUUACGAGUGAAGACGAAAUACUGUGAUCUCGAGAUCCGAGUGGACGACAUCUCCUUCUAUGUCCACCGCAUCAUUGUAUGCCCAAAUUCAGAGGUGCUUGCAAAGGAGUGCGACGAUGCUUCCAAGGAUGAGAUGGCGUGCGUCGUUGUGCACACGUCGUUUAAUGCCGACACGAUGGAACGAAUGCUACAGUUCCUCUACGAAGGCGACUACAUCGUGAAGGAGACACCCGGGCUAUCGCCGUCCCAUACCGGACGCGAGCUCAUCGACGAUGAGCCAGCUCUCAAGCGUCGAUGCUUGUCCCAAAGUGUUCCACCACCCUCAUCCACCCCUGCAGUGAAGGUCGAGAGUCAAGAGAACGACGAGCAUGUCAUCAACGUCGCUAUGAGCAUCAGCAGUGCGGCUAUGAGCCACGCCGAGGCGUACGCCAUUGCCAAACACUACCUCCUUCCCAGUCUGAGAGUUCUGGCCUUGGAGCGCUUCAAAGCAUGCAAGUCACUUUCCUACAAAGAAGAAUUCGCCCGACUGGUCUCCAUCGUCCGUCUUGAUGCGGACGAUGGCCUGCUAAAGGAAUUGCUCUCAAUUCUGUUCGACGACCACCUCGACUGGCUGACCGACGACACCUUCGCGGCAGCUCUCACCCAAUCCAUCGGGCUGCAUGAUUUUGGUGCUGCAGUCCUCGCCACCCUCUCUGGAAAGCUCUUCGCGGAGAGGGAGCACAGACGAGAGGAAGCAAAGCAACCAACGGCAAACGACCUGCAAGCCGAACUCGACCAAGAGAACAAAGCACUGGCAGCAGCAAACGAUCGAGUCCUGCAAAUCGAGCACAACGCAAGACUGGAAACGGGCAAGUUGCAGCAACAACUCGACGCAGCCCUCGCACAAGCCGAGAACAACAACAACGUCGCCAACGUCAAUCGCAACCUGCUCAAACAGCGGGGCGAACUGCUCAAAAAGGAAACGGCGCGAGCGGACAAGGCGUCCGCCAUCUGGAAGCAGAUUGUCAAGCUCGUCAAUGAAAGGCAGGACUGCGACGGAUGCGGCAGCGCGAGGUAUCUGCGCCUGGUGAAAGACGACCGAUCGACGAGCUUCCCCAGCGGGUCGAUGCUCAAGUGCGUUCGUUGCAAGCAGCAGUACUAUGGCGAUCUGAUCUAGUGGGCGUC